AUGCAACAACAAAUCAACAAGUGCAUUAACGAAAUCGCCUCGCUGGCCAACCUCAGCCCUGAGUCUUCCCUGACCACAGCCACAUCGCUGCUCCCCAGCCCAGGUCACAAAGUUGCCUUUGUCGUGCUCUGCACGCUCCAGCUGUCUUUGUGUCUCUACACUGCCUUCUUCCUCUCCAAGCGUCGAGGCACCAUUAAGGACCUCCAUUACGACGUCAAAGACGUCACCGAGUCCGUCGAGGAAGCAUACUAUCUCAUCAACGAGCUCAACUCCCGUGUGGCCCAGAGCACCAAAGAGCAGCCGCAGUCACCCACCGGGGUGCUCGACAAACACAAGGAGCAAUUGGUCGCGAACGUGUUGUCCAAGAUGGAAGACAAGUUAACGCACCCAAUCGAAGCCAUCAAAACUCGUCUCACCGCUCUCGAGAACAAUCUUGCUAGUCUUCAGCGGGCCAAUUCCAACUUCAACCCGCGCGCUCCUCCUUAUCGUGGUGGAGGCAAGCUCACCCGAGACCCGCGCGGCAACGAAAACUACCGCCACGGCAACGGUGGCGGGGACUUUCGUUCCUUUGAUUCUCGAAACGACUCCCGCUUCAAUGAGUCAAACUACUCUCUCGAUUCUCGUCCCUGGAAGCCCUGGAACCGCACCGGUGGACGAUCAUAUGCCAACUCCACCCCUACCUCUGCUCCCAUCGAAUUUUACGGGGAGAAGCGCUCUUUUGAGAAAAUGGAGUGGGCAGAUAAGCACAAUGUGGCCAGUCCCGUUGUCACUUCCGUUGUCGAGCCCACCGCUGAGGUUAUCCAGCCGGUUGCUCGUCCCGUCUCGGCGGUUCCAGUGCCUACCACCAUCACUGGAGCUCCGUCACCUGCCACUCAGUCUGUCCCAAAGCUGGUGGUGAACUGCACGCCCCAGCAGAGCAAAAAGAUCAUCAUCAAGGCUGGGGACCGGGAGUACGAUCUGGCGAGUGCUGAGGGCCGUGAGCAAUGGAGCUCUGUUGCCAAGCGUAACAUUGCCAAGGCCAUCACACUCCCCAGCCAUGUACAGGUGCAAGAUAUUGCUCCACCUCCCCUGGCUCCUUUGCGAACAGCCAACACUCGGCCCCACACCAUUGAGCUGUCACCUUUGACUUCCACCUAUUCCUCUGAGACUGAUGGCACCGAGGCUAGCAAGGCCUCGAAGCCCAAAGAGGGAGGUGUCACGCAGGAGGAGCGGCGCGCUGGUGGGCUCGAUAAUUACAUCGAGUCCGUGGGUUCGCCGCAGAGUCCCAACGCCUCCCUGAGUCGAGGACUACAGCUCAAGCUCGAGGAGAAUGUCUCCAAGAAGGAGAGCAGCGGCAGCAUUGGCGAUGCUUCCAACGGCGGUGUUGGCGGUGUUGGCGGUGUUGGCGGUGUUGGCGGUGUUAGCGGUGACGGUGAGAAGAAGCCCUACCGGCGGCUGUUUAUCCCCGGCCGAGGUUGGGUGUCAGCUCGUCGUAUUGCUAUGGAGAAGGCCCAAGAGCAAGGGGGAGAAAUCACCGGGUGCGACCGCCGAGACCUUGGCGCGUCUGCUUCCGAUACUGAUGUUCAGCCUCCUGUUGGCGAGAACACUGCUGUAGCUGCUUAG